UUAUCCGCUUCUCCCUCGUCCCGGAGCCCGCAGCCCGGCAGUCACCAGGUCCCAAGGCGCGGGGUCCCCCGGCUGUGCAACAUGUCGAUGCUGGCCGAGCGUCGGCGGAAGCAGAAGUGGGCUCUGGAUCCAAGAAAUACAGCCUGGAGCAAUGAUGAUUCCAAGUUUGGCCAGAGGAUGCUAGAGAAGAUGGGGUGGUCUAAAGGAAAGGGUUUGGGGGCUCAGGAACAAGGAGCCACAGAACAUAUUAAAGUUCAAGUUAAAAAUAUCAAUCACCUGGGCCUUGGAGCUACGAUCAAUAAUGAGGAUAACUGGAUUGCUCAUCAGGAUGAUUUUAACCAGCUCCUGGCUCAGCUGAACACUUGUCAUGGGCAGGAAACUGCAGACUCCUCUGACAACAAGGAAAAGAAAUCUUUCAGCCUCGAGGAAAAGUCCAAGACUUCCAAAAAUCGGGUUCAUUAUAUGAAAUUCACAAAAGAUAACUAA